AUGGCCCACCGGUCCACCGCUGCUGAGGGCGCCACGGGGUCGGGACCCAACGAACAAGCCCCACCAAUCCUCUCCCGUUCCUGUUUCGUCCCGGCUCGCCCGAUGUUCUGCCUCGCCUCCGACCCCCCAAUAGCCCCCAAUUUCCCCGCGGCAACUCGGCUCGUCCGCCACUCCGCUCUAGACCCUCCGUCCUCCCCGCCCAGCCAGCCAGCUUCGCCUCGCCUUUCCUCGUCUCAAAGCGCAGCUGUCUCGUCUCGGGUCACCCUCCAUCUCCUUGUCCUGCGCCCGCCACCUUCCAGCCACGAUCCAUCACCCCAGCCGCCACCCACGCUACAGAUCCUCCUGCCCUCCCAUCCGAUUACAUCACACACCCGUCGCCACCCGUCUUACAUAUUUCAUAGCGCCAGAACCCGCCUCGCCUCGCCCGGAAAAACACAUUCCUUUUUCCCUCGCCUCAUAUCCGCGACCCCGCGACUUCCAUGUGCUUGUUGCCAUCUGCCCUUAUCGCCCUCGGCAUCCCCCGCUCCCCCGCAUCUCCCACCUCGUCCGCGUCCCUCCCCGCCGCCGCUCAUUUGCCUCCGUCCGAGUCCGCCUCCUUCGUCUCCUUCUGUCAGCAGUCCCGACUCUCCCACCGCGCACUCCGACGACUCUCCGUCGUCCGUCGCAGCUUCAUUCCUUUCCUUGUGUCCUUCAUUUUAUCGCAGCUCCGUCCACGCCUCGCGUCAAUUCGGACACCCGCCUAUCACCCAAUCCGUCUUACUUGCUUAUGUCCUCGGCUCUCCCUCCCAAGCAAGCGCUGCGAUCUUCGCUCUUUCCCGAGAUCGCGUGUGGACUUAUGGGGACUCAAAGGCACGUCUUCUCAUCCCGGCCAGCAAAUCAGCGCCCGCAGAACACCGUCUUUGGCGGGCCCGCCCUGCCAUCCCUCUGCUAUACCUGGACGCAUCUGCCGUUCCACCCACCCAUCCUCAUCGUCUCUGGGUCGCCCGUCUAAUCAUAUAUAGCCCCCGCCAACAGCGCCCAGCGGCUUCGCGCGGCGGGGGAACCUGCCCAUCUCAGCCUGUUCCCCCGCCUCCCCAGGUUCCCCACUGCCAGCAACAGCAUCAUGAUCUUGAUGUCCACACCGCCACAGUUGCGAGCUUACCCGCGUCCGCAUCCCUGCAUACCCGAUGCGAGCGCGAGCAGGAUCGCACGCACGCGAUCCCACACCCGCACCACUACUGUGCCCUUCCCCUCCCCCGCAUACAUGGAAGCAGCGUGGCAUACGGAGAUACCCGCGUCCAUUCAUUCCCGUUAAUCCCCCACACUGCCGGCACUCAUCAGCCUCUGCGCACCUGUCCCGCCCGAUGCCGUGCGCCCCCGACAGCUCUCCCCGCACACCACGUCGCUGCCAGCAACGCACCGCGAUUUGGCGAUCCACGUCCAGCACAAACCACAAACGUGAUAGCCCGUCGGGGUGGUCUAUUCACCGAUGCCAGUCAGCGCCAGGCAGUUGCCAGUACUGAUGCCCGGAGCGCUCGACGAAGGCCGACCUUCGAAGCUCAGAGUCGAAGCUUCAUUCGCUCGCUGGCGCCGCUGCGGGAACAGGCCCGCUUCUAA